UGUAUUAAAUAAUCUGCUUGCAGAUUAUUUAGAGCCCACUAUGCAAAUGAUCAAAAAUCUGAUCGCUUGUGAGGAUGCCUACAUCAAUGUCAAUCAUCCUGACUUUAUUGUGGCCAAGGAUGCCCUGUUGAACAUCUUCAAGAAGGGCAAUGAUCCCCCUCCAGAAGAGAACGUGUUUGAGAAAAUUGAGGAAAACAACAAUAUUUAUAGAGACUCAGACCAGGAAUCAGAGGAAGAAGAUGAUGAAGAGGAGAUGCUUGAGGAAGGCUAUACCAGAAGAGAGUUCUUCGAUAAUCUCAUGGAACAAGACAAUGUUAAUGAAGUCGAGCCUGAUAAUAAAGCUGGAUCUUAUCUGAAGAGACCUUCUAAUAAGAACGAAGUCAAAUACUUUAUAGGAUAUGAAGCAGAGAACAACAUGAUCACACAUAUUCCUCAGGUUGGCCUUAUCAAGCCACCUAAGAAGAUGAGAGUUGAUAUUGAUCCAAACGGUAGAGAGAUUGUUGAAACCCAGAUUAUCAAGAACUGCCUCUCUUCCUACUUCAACAUUGUCAGGAAGCAUAUCGCAGAUCUGGUUCCAAAGACCAUCAUGGCAUUCUUAAUUAAUAAGGCCAAGGAGAACUCCCAGCAGAUCCUGUACACAAGCCUGUGAGAGCUAGAACUCCAAGACUUGAUGGGAGAAGAUCCAAUGAUUGCGGAAUGUAGGAAGGAAUGUCAUAAGACCCUAGAGAAUCUCUCUAGAGCAAUCGAGCUCAUCAACGAGGCUCAGGACUACAACUACUUCAAGGAGGAGUACAAGAUUAGCAGUGCUAAGCUAGGGAAAAUGACCUUUGAGGACACUAAGGAAGAUGAUGUCGAGUAGAUACUUUACUUUACGACUCUCAAGCAGCACCUGCAUGCAUAUUUGUAGCUAAACAAGGCCAAUAAUUUGU